AGAAACAGCGUGGAUAUUUGUUUUCUUUCCCAAACAUACAACGUGCUAAAGAGGAAUUAUGGAUUGUUAGCAAUCUAAAGUUUAAGUUACGUAUUAUAAAAAUUCCGCAUUAAACAAAGCAUAAAUCUAAAUCGUAAACAAUAUGCUACAUAAAUGUGUGGUUGGCGGUUGUCCGAACCGAUCGGACACGAUUAUUCAUUAUAUUUUACCGGAGGAUCCUAAAAGACGCAGUCUGUGGUUAAAGUUUAUUGAAGAUAGUAAAGCUGAUGGGGAAAAUGCGUCCUCGUCAUGCCGGGUGUGCGGGGAUCAUUUCUCCGAAGAGAACUACUUCAAACUGGAUCUGGGAUGCACCACACGCAUGAUUUUAAGCGUCGAUGCUGUUCCCACGAUCGUCUCUGUUAAUCGAUCUUCUCUGACUGAAAACAAGAAUCAAAACGAGGAGGCCGAGGAUGAGAAUGUAGUAGGUGACAAAUACAAAAUUACCAUUGGUGAGACCAUUUCACUUGCUGGUGUCAAAGAGGAGCCUCUUGAAUAUGACUUAAGUGCCAACAUGGCAGCCAAAAAAGAAGAGCAGAACCUCUCACUGGAUAAGUGUUGUGAUUAUGAGGAGAUUGAACUGGCUCUUACUGAUGAGAUGGAUGUACAUAUGGACAGUUCAACUAAACCAGUGGUUCAAGAUAUUGGUGGUAAAGCAGUAAAGUUCAUCAGUUGUUCAACUUGUGGGAAGAAGUUUCGUAGAAGACGUAACCUUAUGAAGCAUCGACGGGCUGAACAUCCUAAGAAGACAUUCCUGACCAAAUCAGAGGUUAAAGAGAAGAUUUUCGUUUGUUCUUGUGGGGAGAAGUUUCAUACUAUGCCUCUCCUUUUGCAGCAUCGAGCUACACACUCUAAUGAUGGAAAGUACAGUUGUCACCAUUGCGGAAAGGGCUUUCCUGGGAAAGUGCUUUUGACAGCUCACCAGAAAAUUCACAAAGAUACAGACUCCCUUUUGCCGUACCUGUGCGACUCUUGUCCUAGACGCUUUGGCUACAAAGUUGCUCUUAUCGCUCAUUUGAAAAAUCACUCAGCCAAACACACGUGCACCUGCCCCAUUUGUGAAGAGGGCUUUCAACUCAGAGGUUCCCUCGCUCACCACCUCAAAAUAUAUCAUGCUGGGAAAAGACUCACAUGUAAGACGUGUGAUAAGACGUUCCUGGUUGUCAAUGACUAUUUUAAACACAUAGACAGCCACGUUGUGGUGACCCCAUACUACUGCGCAAUCUGUCAAAUCUAUUUAACGCAGCGAAGCUACGUGCCACACAUGCAGACCCAUGAGAAAAUGGAGCGAGAGUCUGUUGAGUACAAACCAAAACGUGGCAGAAAGGGUUGUGUCAGUGUGUCGACACAACAGAAAAACUCUGAAGAAGGAACAACACUUGGAAUGGAGCCGGUGGUGCAGGACGAGGCCGGAAUGGAGCCGCUCAGUGAAAGUGAAAUGGAUACUCUGGCUGAGAGUUCGGCAUCAGCGGUGGAAUCUACAGUCGAGGCUGUGGCAUCUGGAGAGGCACAGAUUGUUUUGGAAGAGGAGAUGGACACUAGAGGGAAUGAUGCUUGCACACAAUAGGCCAAUGAGAUAUCAGUUAUCUACUCAUGGCAUUCGUAACAUCAAAAGUAGCAACACUUAAAUGAAUGUCUUUGCAAAGCAUUAUUAACUAAAAUAUCAAACCAAGUAGAAAUUAUUCUAAAGAAAUAAAGGACAAAAACUCACUUGAAAGCUGAUUUUCUUCAUUAGUCAGGUUAAUGGUUAAACCCAAGGGUGCAAUGUAAUUUCACAGCUACACUGUUGAGCAAACUGCAUAUGUUAAAGGGUGGAGUAAGUAAUUUGAAUCCAAUACGCUUUUUUUUUUUUUUUUUGUCAAAUUCUGCAAAUAUCUCUUCACAGUCUGCCAGCUGUCCGUUCUGUGUGUGCGAUGAAAAAAAUCCGGUGUUUGUACACAGCUCAGGAACCCCGCUUACUCCACCUUUAAGCAGACAUCUGUAUUCAUUACAGAACACAAAAGACAAAUGUAUGCAUAUGAUAUAUCUUUUUUUCAAGGUAGAAAAUGUAAACAUAGUCCUCUGCUGUGGUAUUAGUAUUAAUGUUUUGCUGCAAAGACAUUUUAAAAUCAAUUUAUAAGCAUAUUGAGUUCACAGGAUAAUGUAUACUUGGUAAUAUGCAUUUCAUAAAGGCAUUAAAACAAGGGCGUAGCCAGGAAAUUACUUUUAGAUGGGCCUCAAUAAAAAGGGAUGGGCCAAGUUUUCGCCCUGAUUUUUUAAAACCAAAUUUUACUUAACAGAGAAGUGGCGCAUUCAGAUAGUUCUUUCACACUUUCAGAAUCAAAAUGUAAGAAUUGUUUACACUGUUGUAUAAAUAUAUAUUUGAAGUCAAAGAAAAACCUCUAAUAUUCUGGGUGGGUCAGGGUCUAAUUUGGGUGGGCCCAGGCCCAUCCCGGCCCACACUUAGAUAUGCCACUGCAUUCAAAUAUCCUGUAUUUUCAAUAAUGCAAGUCUGAUGGUUAAUGCUCAUUUGAAUGUGGUUUCUUGCAAACACUGAUUUCUGAGUGAAUUUGAAAAAUGUAGGUGGUGAUUUAAUUGUAUCCAAAAAGUGGGUGUUACAUACCAGAAUGGAGCCAAGUGGUUGAAGGGACUUAGGAAGGGUUUAAAAAAAUAAAAAGGGAUUGGUGAUAUCAACUGAAAAG